AUGAAGACCCUGACGAGGUUUGAUGAGGCAGAAGUUCAAACUGACCAGACCGCAACACAUGACGGCGAGGAAGUCGAAAAUUCCGGCCUGACGCCAGUGUAUGGUUGGCGCUGGGCGGCUUUAUUUACCAGUCUAUGUCUAGGUCUUUUGCUGGCUCUUAUCGAGACAUCGAUUUCAGCAACAGCGUUGGUGACAAUUGGGGCUUAUUUCGACGACUUCCCAGACUCAACAUGGGUUAUUCUAGCAUACCUUCUUGGGUACUCGGGCUUUUCCAUCGUCUUCCCACGUCUGAGUGACAUAAUCGGCCAACGUGCAGCAGUCCUGCUUGCAUGGGUGCUGUUCGCAGCAUUUUCACUCGGGGCAGGCUUGUCCAGGACUCUUCCCCAGUUGAUUGUUUGCCGUGCUUUCCAAGGCAUCGGAGGCACUGGACUGUACGCGAUGACGAUGGUAAUAUCGCCACAGAUCACUCCAGUGAAGCGUUGGCCUUUGAUGGGCACAUCGGUGGGAGUGGUUGUUGGCACAGCAGCAAUUUGUGGUCCUAUUCUCGGGGGUGUCAUCACCGAGAAGUCCACCUGGAGAUGGAUCUAUCUGUUCAAUGCACCCUUCGCUGCGAUAGCCGUCCUUCCCUUGGUUCUACUCUGGCCGCGCAACAAUAAGACGACAAACCGGCAGCAAUGGAGGCAUAUUGACGUUUUCGGAGCCUUGCUUUCGAUUGCCGGAUCGUGCCUCAUCGUAUUUGUCCUUAACCAGGUCGGUGCGGCUUUCUAUAAGUGGAACGAUGCGGUCAUUAUUUCUUGUUUGACCAUUUCUGGGCUAUGCUGGGUUUCCUUUGUCGUUUGGAUUGCUGUGUUGUCCCGCAAGUCAUUAUGGAACAUUGAUCCUAUCUUUCCUGGGAAAAUCGCCGCAACGCGGCCUUCGGGUCCAGCGAUAGUGGUCGCGUUUCUUGCCGGCUUCCCCUACUUUGUUGCCGUCAUCAAUCUACCUGAGCGAUCUCAACUUGUCAAUGGAUUGACCCCCAUCGGAGCCGGUCUUCGGCUUAUGCCACUACUUGCAUUUACUGCCGUUGGGACUGCAGUCGGUGGAUCUCUCUGCACCAAGAAGAAUCGUACGCCAGAGGUACUGGUUGUAGGGGCAAUGCUCAUGACUAUCGGUUGUGGCCUCUUGUCCACGCUUUCUGGCGGCCGUGAUAUCGAAGCCAAGCAGUACGGAUUUGAAGUUAUCUUGGGCUCAGGCUUUGGGUUCUUUUUUGCCUCGUUGACGCAAAUGAUCAAUAUUGAAAACAAGGCCUGUAAUCUCGCGGCAGUCCAAGGUGCAAUCAACCAGGCAAGAGUCCUUGGUGGCUGCACGGGUCUGGCAGUUGCCACUAUCGUCCUGAACAACAAUAUCACCAAGGUUCUGGUGGGGCUGGUGUCCUCAGCACAACUUCAGAGUAUCCGUCACUCGUUGGGGAGUAUCGAAACACUAAGUCCAUCACAAAGGGAACUCGUGGCACGAGCCUUUGCGAACUCGUUCAACACGGAGAUGAGAACAUGUUGCUAUGUGUCUAUCGCGACGGUGUUGUUCCUGAAAGCCUACAAUCGACACACGGCCACAAACACCAACCCGGUAAUCUCCUUCCACUCCCCUGGGACAGAAGCAUUGUCUAGAUCGUUGCAGACGCCACAGACAAAGCGCCUGUCCGUGCAAUACUGGCUUUGGGUUCCCAAGGUGCGCUUCCAGCGAGCCGCAAAAGUGCUCGAAAUCGGCGUCUACAGUACAAUCAGGACGACCACAACAGGCCCUUAA